CAACAACAACACUACCACCACCAUACCCUCCCGCCUCUCGAGCGAUACGAACCUCUCCGACACGACAGGCUCUGCAGCUGCUUCCGUGCCGCCCGCGGCGACAGACCACCAAGGCCCGGCCCACGUGAAGAGAGAGCUCUGCGCAUCCCAGUUCCUACUUAGCUCCGUCAUAUCCAGCCCAGUCCAGAACAAGGCCAAGACAGGACAGGAGGAUUCCGCUGCGCUGGCUCAAUGGUCAGCCUUAGAUGGCACCCACGAAUGGCACGAGGGAGAGAUCCAAGCGCCUACAGGACCGAUAUGAGUCUGCGCGGCACCACAUAGGAGGACAUGACGCCGCCACUACUGCCCAAUAUCCUUGCUCCCCGAGUCCGACUACCGCUCUCACUUCCACUCCCACUCCCACUCCAUCUCUCUCCGCCGCAGCCUCCUCGACUACCAACCGUCCAGGCAAGUCGCCAUCGCGCCAGCGACGUCGUCGGUCGGGCCCCUCAGCGCUGCACGAUGUUGUGCGACCCCAGAUUAGCGAACGGGACAGCAUCUUUGCGACCUCCUACGCCGGCUCUUCCGUAGCAGGCAAGUCCUCGCCGUCGCCGGACUACCACACUGCGCCUGUACCGGAAGGCGCCAUCUAUUACAACGAGGGCGGCAGAAGCAGCAGGCGUGACAUGGCCACCGCGACUGCCACCGUGCCCGCUUCAUCUGCCAGAAGCAGUGACUCGAUCGACUUUACGAGUGCUCGCCCGAAUGACCUUCACGUCUAUCAUCACCACCACCAUUCACCACCGCCAGUAGGUUCAAUACGUGGCCGAACAAGCAAUAAUGCUCGUCCGCCGCCACCACAACACCACCGCCGAUCUUUAUUCGAUAUGCAUGACUUGAACACCCUAUCAGUCUCACACCAUACCCCAGGCAUUGUACAAUCAGACUCGCGCCAGGACUCUCCAUUCCGACCAGAAGACAACCUCCCGGCGACGCCAGACUCACUACCGAAUAGCCCCAAAGCCGAGGAACUGCAAAGUGCUGAGCGCCAGCAGUACCGCUCGUGGAGACUGGGCAAGGCGAAGAUGUACGGUAUGACCAUUGCGCAGUCGCAGCGUCAGGCCAGCGGUACCUCCCAGCAGGAUGUGGAGAAGGUCAUUGACGCUCAUUUGCCACAGCCUGAGCCCGUUGCAAACCCUCGAUCUCGCAAGGCCAGUCAUUAUCUGGGACUAUUUCGAGAGAAUGAGCAGGAGGAGAAGCGAGAGAUUGAGCGGAAGAAGUCGGGUGGUAAGGGUAAAGAUACUGGCAUAUCGCAGAUCUCGCGCCACCGCGAAGAGCAAGCAGAUGACUCCAGCCGAGAACAAACAAUAGUGGAGGAUAUUGAAGAGGAAGAUGGCAACCAUGUUAGUGUGUCGGGAAAAGAAAUGGCACAGCAGCUACCCACGGGGUUGCUGGAGGACAUACGUAAUCACCACCAUCUGGCACCGCGCCAGUCGAAGAAGAUCCCACUGGCAAAAGACUCUCAAUCGCAUGACCACGACUGGCGCAUGCACGAGCAGCUGAAGAAGGCUGUGGGAAAGACGGACGAAGAGGACGAGUCAGAUCGAGAGCACAUAUCUUCUGCCACAUACUUUCCACACCAAGGCGUUCAACUUGGUGAUUCUCCCGCCGACGAGCAGCUUGCAGAACGAGCGUCCAAGAUCAGAGCAGCAGACGUAGAGGGUGUGCACGCGCAACCAACAACGAAUGAUGUACAGGUGUCCCUGCAGGGUGAAGGUGCGCCAGAGUUCCUGCAAGGUAUGUCCAAGGCCACCUCUGCCGCCAGCCUCAAGACUUUGUCGAAGCCUGUACCUUCGCCAGAAGACUCCGUGUCUGAUGUGGAGUACGAGUCGGAGUCUGGAUAUUCGGCCGUCUCUGAAGAAGACCAGGACCAGAUUGAGACCACGCCAACGAACACGCCUCAUAUCAAGCCUCGAUCGGAACGUCGAGCUUCACAUGGACGAGAUAUCGACGAGCCAGUGGCGCCUGUAGGCGCUGUAGAGCUGACACCAUACACGCACCAAGUCGGAGGGCAUACAUCUAUUUACAGAUUUUCGCGCAGGGCUGUCUGUAAGCAGCUGAACAGCAAAGAAAACAUGUUUUACGAGACGGUCGAGAAGCAUCAUCCGGGCUUGCUGAGUUUCAUGCCUCGGUACAUUGGAGUGCUCAAUGUGACGUAUCGAAAGGAUCAAAAGAAGCGCAAGCAGACCGUCUCAGAGGGAAGCAGGCUGGAUAGUGACGGCAAAGCGCAUGAUGGCAAGUCAGAACAUCACACUCGCAUGAUCAGUCAUUCCAUGCAGAACAAGUCUUCUGCCGGCAUCCCGCAGGUGGAGAUUGCCAACAAUAGACAUCUGAUUCCUGAAAACUUCUUUGGGUCGUCCGGAAACUUGUCAACUUCUGAGCUGCAAAGGACGUUGUCGUCGCCACCGAGAGCUUCAGAAUCCGAAGAAACUAAAGCUGCUGGUCGUCCUGCGCUGCAGUCGUCCCAGAGCUGGGGCUUCACAUCUGUCAAUAAUCCUCUUCGUGACAAAGUCUUUAAUGAGGUUUUCAAGGCUCCUGUCAUACACAAGACUCAUCGCCGCGAUCGCGCACAUGGUCGUUCGGUGAGGCAAAUACCAACAUAUAUUCAAAAGGAGUCGUCUUCAGAUUGCCACAAGUCGCUCGACGGAUCAUUGCUACACGGCGAUGACAAGAAAGAUCUCUGCAAUGGAUGCUUGCAGGUCCCAUCGCUGAAGCACAGACUACUCAACACGGAGAACAGAUCCACUUCUGACCUACAGCAUGCUGUCAGAAGCAGCAAUGACGCUCUCAGUAAGAGUGCCGAGACUUCUGAGAUGGAUGCUGCAGCGGAAGGUUCUGCUGAUCGGAAGUUACGUCGGCGUCCGCGUCGCCACUCCGGAGGAGGUCUCAUGAGGAAACCCGCUGAUAUCGAUGGGAGUCGAGGCGAUCUGGAGUUUCAUGAGGAGGACACCGGGGAGGACAGUGUCUUUGCCAUGGAUGAUCUCAGGAAAGAAAUGCCCACCGACGAUGGAGCUGCUGCUGCGACUGCUCCCAGGCACGAUGCUAAUGGUGCCGCUACCAAACAUGGUCAACCUUUGCCUCGCUUAGGACCGGCCAUCGAUCUUGCGCCAGGGCCGCGCAAUCCGGAGACGUCACUGGUGCAGCAGGACGAGCGUGUCGAGCACUUCCUCUUGCUUGAGGAUCUUACAGCGGGCAUGCAGAAACCCUGCGUCCUCGACCUCAAAAUGGGCACACGUCAGUAUGGAGUUGAGGCUAAUGACAAGAAGCAGCGAUCCCAGCGCGCAAAGUGCAAGUCGACGACCUCGCGCGAGCUUGGCGUACGCGUGUGUGGCAUGCAGGUGUACAACGUCAAGACGCAAUCCUACGACUUUGAGGACAAAUACUUUGGGCGCGAUUUGAAGGCUGGCGAGGAGUUUCGUGAAGCGCUCAAGCGCUUCUUCUUUGACGGCAUCGGCCACGCACAGGCUCUCAAACACAUUCCGACGGUGCUGGACAAGAUCAAUGCACUGGAACAGAUGGUGAGCGAUCUGCCUGGAUAUCGCCUCUACGCUAGCAGUCUCCUCAUGAUCUACGAUCGCGGGAACGCGGAUACGACGGGCAAGAUCCGUGCCCCAACGCCGAGUCGACAUGCACCCAGCAGUCCUGUCGCGGGGGUCAAGCUCAAGAUUGUCGAUUUUGCCAACUGCGUGACGGCGGAGAGCUUGCCGCACAUACAGCAUAAGCCGUGUCCGCCCCGGCAUCAGGACGAGGUCGAUCGCGGGUAUCUGCGCGGCUUGCGCUCGCUAAGGUUGUACUUUCAACGAAUCUACGCGGACUUGCAUAACUUGAAGUUUGUGGAAAGAGGUGAAGGUGAGGGAAUGGCGAAUGAUCAGAGAGGCAUCGCGCACGGUGCAGUUACAUCGAAAGGCUGGAGUGAGAGGGUCAUGGAGGACGAUCCGGGAGAAGUCAGCGUGUGAGCGAUCGAUCGAGCGAGCGCGUGAGCACACAGAGAGGGUAAAAAAUGUCGCAUUGUGGGUGCACGUGGAGCACCUGGAACAACACAUGGAUGGGACGGACGGUGUCAUGGAUUUUUUUCGAAAAAGAAGAGGGCACCCAUGGUCUGCUCGUCAGGUGACGUGCAUGGUUACGAUUCUUUGGCUGGUUUGGUUUGUUCCUUUAUGGGAAUGCUCUUCUCUUAGCAUGGCGCUGGUGGUGUUCUGUUCUGUUCAUUCACUCUGCUGUCGAGACUGUUACCACUACACUGUAGGAUGGAAGGAUGGAAGGAUGGAUGGAUGGGAUGGGCUUGGCAUCAUUUUUAUGUGGUGGGAUUCGUUCACCAUUAGCGCAUAUACCACUUUUGCUUAGUAGCUUGCGAAGAUAUGGGCAUGUAUGAAUGCAAUGGAAAUGCUGCUGCUGCUGCUGUGGCAGUAGUAGUAGUAGUUA